GAGCGCCGAGACAGAGACUAGCAGAGCAAAUUCUCCACCGUCCUCUAGCACCCACCAAGCGGCGGCAGCGGCACUGUCUAGAAAUACAUAGCUAGAGAUAUAAAAUCGCCCCGCUCCUGCACCAUGGUUUUCCAAAGUAGGCUCCCUUCCUGGAUUAUUUUGUGCUCCGUCUGGCUGUUCCGCUUUGCACACACGGGGGAGGCACAGGCUGCAAAAGAAGUAAUAUUGCUGGACUCUAAAGCACAACAGACAGAGUUGGAAUGGAUUUCCUCUCCUCCCAGUGGGUGGGAAGAAAUUAGUGGACUGGAUGAAAACUACACUCCAAUACGAACAUACCAGGUAUGCCAGGUGAUGGAGUCAAACCAAAACAACUGGCUUCGGACUAACUGGAUUGCAAAAAGCAAUGCACAAAGGAUUUUUGUAGAACUGAAAUUCACUCUGAGGGAUUGUAACAGUCUUCCUGGAGUUCUGGGGACUUGUAAAGAAACUUUUAACUUGUAUUAUUAUGAAACAGACUACGACAUUGGCAGGAAUAUCCGAGAAAACCAAUAUGUAAAAAUAGACACUAUUGCAGCAGAUGAAAGUUUUACCCAGGGUGAUCUUGGGGAGAGAAAAAUGAAACUUAACACAGAGGUGAGAGAAAUUGGACCUUUGUCCAAAAAAGGAUUCUACCUUGCAUUUCAGGAUGUAGGGGCCUGUAUUGCUUUGGUCUCUGUCAAAGUCUACUACAAGAAGUGCUGGUCCAUCAUUGAGAACUUAGCUAUUUUUCCUGACACAGUGACUGGCUCAGAGUUUUCCUCUUUAGUUGAAGUACGAGGAACUUGUGUCAGCAGUGCAGAGGAGGAGGCGGAGAACUCGCCGAAGAUGCACUGCAGCGCAGAGGGAGAAUGGUUAGUGCCUAUUGGAAAAUGUAUCUGCAAAGCAGGAUACCAGCAAAAAGGAGACACAUGUGAACCUUGUAACCGUGGGUUCUACAAAUCCUCCUCACAAGAUCUGCAGUGCUCCCGCUGCCCUACUCACAGCUUCUCUGACAAGGAAGGAUCUUCAAGAUGUGACUGUGAAGAUAGCUAUUAUAGAGCACCUUCUGAUCCACCAUAUGUCGCAUGCACAAGGCCUCCAUCUGCACCACAGAACCUCAUUUUCAAUAUCAACCAGACUACUGUGAGUUUGGAGUGGAGUCCUCCUGCUGACAACGGGGGAAGAAAUGAUGUGACCUACCGCGUUUUGUGCAAGAGGUGCAGCUGGGAGCAGGGUGAAUGUGUUCCCUGUGGGAGUAACAUUGGAUAUAUGCCCCAGCAAACUGGAUUAGUAGAUAACUAUGUCACUGUCAUAGACCUGCUAGCUCACGCUAACUACACGUUUGAAGUUGAAGCUGUGAAUGGGGUUUCUGACUUGAGUCGUUCCCAGAGGCUUUUUGCAGCUGUCAGUAUUACCACUGGUCAAGCAGCUCCCUCGCAAGUUAGCGGAGUAAUGAAAGAGAGAGUGCUGCAGAGGAGUGUGGAGCUUUCCUGGCAGGAACCAGAACAUCCCAAUGGAGUCAUUACUGAAUAUGAAAUCAAGUAUUAUGAGAAAGAUCAAAGGGAAAGGACCUACUCAACAGUGAAAACCAAGUCCACUUCAGCUUCUAUUAAUAACUUAAAGCCAGGAACAGUGUAUGUUUUCCAGAUCCGUGCUUUUACUGCUGCUGGUUAUGGAAAUUACAGCCCCAGACUGGAUGUUGCUACACUAGAAGAAGCCACAGCCACGGCUGUUUCCAGUGAACAGAAUCCUGUUAUUAUCAUAGCUGUGGUUGCUGUGGCAGGAACCAUCAUUCUGGUCUUCAUGGUGUUUGGAUUCAUCAUUGGGCGAAGGCAUUGUGGCUAUAGCAAGGCUGAUCAAGAAGGGGAUGAAGAACUUUACUUUCAUUUUAAAUUUCCAGGCACCAAAACCUACAUUGACCCUGAAACCUACGAGGACCCAAAUAGAGCUGUCCAUCAAUUCGCCAAGGAGCUAGAUGCCUCUUGUAUUAAAAUUGAGCGUGUGAUUGGUGCAGGAGAGUUUGGUGAAGUGUGCAGUGGACGUCUGAAACUUCCUGGCAAGAGAGAUGUUGCAGUAGCCAUAAAAACUCUGAAGGUUGGCUACACUGAAAAGCAAAGGAGAGAUUUCCUGUGUGAAGCAAGUAUCAUGGGACAAUUCGACCACCCCAACGUUGUUCACUUAGAAGGGGUCGUUACCAGAGGGAAACCAGUCAUGAUUGUAAUAGAAUACAUGGAGAAUGGGGCCUUAGAUGCAUUUCUUAGGAAACAUGAUGGCCAAUUUACAGUCAUUCAGCUAGUGGGAAUGUUGAGAGGAAUUGCUGCCGGAAUGAGAUAUUUGGCCGAUAUGGGAUAUGUACACAGGGAUCUUGCAGCACGCAAUAUUCUUGUCAACAGCAACCUUGUUUGUAAAGUGUCAGACUUUGGCCUUUCCAGAGUUAUAGAAGAUGAUCCAGAGGCUGUCUACACUACUACCGGUGGAAAAAUUCCAGUAAGAUGGACAGCUCCAGAGGCCAUCCAGUACCGCAAAUUUACAUCAGCCAGUGAUGUGUGGAGUUAUGGAAUAGUUAUGUGGGAAGUAAUGUCUUAUGGAGAACGGCCUUAUUGGGACAUGUCAAAUCAAGAUGUUAUAAAAGCAAUUGAAGAAGGCUAUCGUUUGCCUGCACCCAUGGAUUGCCCAGCAGGACUGCACCAGCUGAUGCUAGAUUGUUGGCAGAAGGAACGUGGUGAAAGGCCGAAAUUUGAACAGAUAGUUGGUAUUCUGGACAAAAUGAUUAGAAACCCAAACAGCUUGAAAACCCCACUGGGAACCUGUAGCAGACCAAUUAGCCCUCUUCUGGACCAGAACACUCCCGAUUUUACCACUUUCUGCUCCGUAGGCGAAUGGUUACAAGCUAUUAAGAUGGAAAGAUAUAAGGAUAAUUUCACAGCAGCAGGCUACAACUCUCUUGAAUCAGUUGCCAGGAUGACUAUUGAAAUCAAAAACAUGCCAGGUGCUUUGCAAAACAGAGAACAAGAAAAAUCCCUUUCCAGAAGAGAUGACAGCCUGAAUAGAAAUGACAUAAUGGCAGGAAAAAGAGGAAGCAGAAAGGGGAAGCAAAACAAGCAUUAUAACCAUAAGAUCAUGAGAUUGGUUUGGAGGCACAGUGAACGCUAUGAGGCUUUUUUUUAAAGCGCAUAAAGACUGUAGUUGGGAUUAGAGAAUGGAAAUGUAGAAAAGAAGCAUGGAAAGGAAUGGAGAAGAAGGGAGGAACAGACUGGCAACAGGAGGAAGAGUAAACAGAGGUGUAUGGGAGAGGCCAGAACACACACCUGACAAACUGAGGAUUAUGAUUAAUGCCAAGAUUGAAAGACCACAUCUGAAGAGCAUGAUGAUUUCAGGAGGAUGGCGAAGCAGGACAUGGCGAUGCUGCUAGGGAGAGAAGAGCCAUCAAAGCCACCCUGGAAGCCUGCCCUGGAAACUCCUCACACUAAUAUAACCCUGCUUCCCCAUCUUCUUUCUAGCUCCCCUCUUAGACACAAAAUAUGUAUAUAGAAGAGCAAAGGAGAAGGAGAAGCAGUUAAACAUUUGCAAAGGCCAUGCUGGGGAAGAAGUUUAAGCUGGAAUGACACAAAUUCACUUUUACUGAUGCUGCUGCUGGUAGGAAGUGACAGAGAACAUCCUGUUAGUCUUUCUCAUACAGACAAAUCAAUUGGAGUCUUUGCCAAUACUUACAAAUAGGCCUUGCUGAAAAAUAUUCAGCAAAAUUAUGAUACUCCAACCAAUACAGGACAUUUUAAGAUGUCCUUUCAUUCUAGAUCAGAAAGAAGCAGAAAUUAUAACAUUAACAAUGAAAUGGAAACAAGGAAAAAAUAUUUGAGCAGUUUCAUUUAAAGGUGAAAAUAUUACAGAAAACAAGGGGAAUUUUGCUCAUUGAAAUAAACAACCCAUAACUUGUCAUGAAAAUUUCCGAUAAAAUUGGGAAUUAUUUAAUUAUGUUGGAUUGGAACUUUUUUUUUUCCCUAGAAAAUUGGUUUGAUUUUUAGAAGGAAGAUGGAAAAUUACCAUUUUCAGUCUGUCAGACAUUUUAAACUACUCUGAUUUCCAAGGUAAGAAUUCUUCAGGAGUAAGAAAGCUGCAAAGUGGCCAGUCUAAUCUCUUCCUCACUUCCUUCUCCUCUGCUUCAAUGAUCAGACAUGUCUAAUGAUUUGGCUGCAAAGAGCAGCCCUGAGAAAAGGCAUUUUGCCAAUUUCUUUAAGAAUUAUUAACUAGAUCUGCUUACAGGAAAUCACUUUUUUGCUGCAGACUAUGUCUCCAUUUAAAUCCUCCUCACGGCUCUUCCAUUUUGCCUGGGAAAGUUUAUCGGACAGCACACUGGAAAGGCUCAGAUCUUUCUGUCUCCAGUGAAACUGUUUUUAGGCAUAGUUAUAGUGUGGUAGAUGUACUGGUAUGACAUUUGAGAGACUGCUGCUGGUAAUGGAGUAUUCUAUUACUUUGGAAUAUGUAAACACUUUUUGCUUGAUACUUCUGACUGCAAAGUAUUCAUGUUUAGGGUACUAUAGGUAUCCAUUGUAUUUUUUUCUUAUGAGUUUUAGAGGACAGCACUGGAUAAAUUUUUCUUCUCCUUCAGGGAAACAGAGCUUUGAAUGAGUCGUUCAUCUUGAAUGUACACCAGAGUGAUAUCAAGUUGGUUGUUGUGACAGUUUAUCAAUAUGAUGCACAUUUUUAGCCUCUUCUAGCAGUGGAAUGAUUAAGGUAUUGUCUAGUGGAGACAACGGCCUCAUUUAAGAAUAAUUUGGUGACUGAAUAGGAUUCAAAUAAUUCAUCUAAGUGAGGAGGAGACAAUUGAAAGUCAUAACUGAAAUAUUACAAAAAAUCCUUAACUAGUUGGGUUUGUCCAUAAUUUGCUUGAAGAUUUUAGUAAGUGGUGGUUUACUGGAUUCUCAAAUGGCAGCAACAGUCAAUUACUUUUUUUUUUAAUUGUCUUCAGUUUGAACUUCGCUUAAUUAAACUCUUGUAACGUCAUGGUAAGAUGUUAGCAAUGAGGUUUACAGGACUAUGUAGAAACUUCAGCUACAAAAGGACCUAACAGGUAUUGAGAGUUAACACAAUGCUCAGCAGUGCUUGAAGAAUCAGUCCCACCUCAGUAGUUUCCCUCCACCAUUAUUGAAAUAUUACUGGAUUUAAAACAUAUAGCAAUGGUGGCAACUUACAAAAUCUACCCUUCCUAAAUUCCUCUUCCAAUCAAAUGUAACUCAGAGUUUUAGAACAGCCCACUUAUCAUUCAAAAAGAAACUGCAAAGCAGUUUCAUAGCAUCUCUCCACAACACAGAAUUUCUUACAUACAAUUUUUACAUAUUUGAAAGAACCCCUUUAACUCAGUUGCACCCAACGUUCUGCAAUAAUAAAUUCAGUAUAAAGAAAUAUCAAAACAUAGCUAAGAUUUCUACUAGUUAUAUUUAGCCAGGCUCCAGAUUUUGCAUAAGUUUGCCCCUCCUUCUUUCAUGGUAGCAGAUAUGGAAGAUCUGUGUACUUAUCUUUUGGCCCUGAGAGAGGGUUCUGCUAUGUGGCACCUUCCCAUCCUCUGCUACCAAAAAAAAGAAAGAUAAUUUAAAUUGGGAAAAGUGUCAUGAACUCUGAUAACUGCAGUUUGACCUACCUUCUGAACUGCAUGUAUGAUUUAGGAAAGGAUUUAAUACCAGCUACCUCAGUAGCCAGACACAUGGUGUUAAAGGAAAAAGAGGGGGGGGGGUGGGGGUAGAAAAAAAGUAUGAUAAUGUAUCCUGAGAGUAAAGGACAGCAGUUAUUUUGUCUAUGUUUUUUAACCUAGCUUAUGCUUUUCCUACCAAUACAUUCCCAUUGUUAUCUAUCAGCUUUUCCAAUAAGACCCUUGGUUGUGCAUAAAGUGAGAACAGCUGCAGUGACUCAUACCACAAGUCCAUGUAGCCCUGUGUACCUGGCAGGUGUCCUGCCUUGCUAGGGGUACAGUCCUGUUAUUAUAAAGCCUCCAUUGUCCCCUACAGAUUAGGGACACCCUCAGCUAUUGACUUCUAGACAUCUUCAGGGCUCUGUAUUCAAUAUGUACAAUUCAAAUGCUUCCUAAAUCGGAGGGUACACUAUGUUUAAUAGUCUGAAUUUGUCCUAGAUCCUGUGAAUUUACUUCCUCCUUCUGUCUCUGUUUCUCUCUCUGUCUUGCCCUUCUUUCUUCUGAAAUAGAAUGACCAGGGCUGCAUGAAUUAUUCAACAUAAGAGUGUAUGAUGUAUUUAUACAGUGAUAUAGCGAUACAGUGUAUUUAUACAGUGAGAUAUAUAUAUAUGUUUUCUAUUUUGUUUACAGUUUCUUUCUUAACCAUCUAAAUAUCCUGUUUUACGUUUUUACUUGAUACUGAGUGCUGGACUUGGAUGUUUUCAGAGAGGUGUCUAAUAGUAAUUCUUUCCUUUUCUCAAGCAAUAGUUAAUUUAUAGUCUGUGCCUGUGUAUGUAUAGUUAGACUUAUUUUUUCCUUGUGCAUUUCUUUCUGCUUUAUCAAAUUUCAUCACCACUUAUUGCCAAUGGCAUUCAAAAUUGUGAAAUAAUUUUGCAGUUUAUUACAGACAGCUUUUGAUUUAACUUUUAAAAAUCAUUUUGUAUCAAAGUUUCUCAUCUGACAGUUCUUAGAUAUCACACUUCCCUUUACUACUAAUAAAAGUACUUUUGGCUAAAA